AUGAAUUUUAUUUCUUUGACUUUUCUUUCGACAUUUCGAACCGCAAUGGAUUUGCCUAAACCGAAUGUUCCGAUCAUCCUGGAAGACAUAUUCGGAUGGGUUCGUGAAGGAAAUGCGUUGCAGGUUCGAGUCUGGCUGGACGACGUUGAGCACGACCUCAAUUUAGGAGAUGAUCAUGGAUUUUCGCUGUUGCACUGGGCUGCCAAGGAAGGUCAUAUUAACAUAGUGGACAUGCUGUUGACGCGAGGCAGUCGUGUCAAUGCUACGAACCUCGGCGAUGACACCGCAUUACAUUUGGCUGCUGCUCACGGUCACAGAGAAAUCGCUAACAAGCUCCUUGCCAGCAAAGCGGAUGUCAACUCGGUCAACGAACACGGCAACACGCCGCUACAUUAUGCGUGUUUUUGGGGAUUUGAGCAAAUAGCAGAAGAUCUGAUACGUCAUGGGGCUUCGGCAUCGAUAUGUAACAAAGCAGGGGACACUCCAAUUGAUAAAUGUCGUCACGAAAUUGAAUACGCGACGAACUUGGGUCAGGAUCUAAAGCGCCGUGUCCCGUAUCGUGAUCAAAGUUGGAAGGGCACCAAGACGAGGAGUCGUGACGCUACGCUAUCGCGAUACUCAGGUGUUGAUAUCGCACAGCUGCAGUUGCAAGCUGAAAUCUCUGAGAGACCAUCCGGAAAACUAUGGAAAGGCACGUGGCAGGGUAAUGAUAUCGUUGCGCGUUUCCUGAAAAUCAGCCACAUCACUGCCAGGAUUUCGCGAGAUUUUCAAGAAGAGUACCCACGAUUGAGGAUAUUUUCUAACUCGAACAUCUGUCCCGUGUUGCUAUGCUGUAACCAGCCACCAAACCUGGUGGUCGUCUCGCAGUUUAUGCCAUUUGGCUGUUUGUACAAUGUGCUCCACGAACAAAGCGGCAUCGUUGUCGAUCAGCCACGAGCCAUUCGAUUCGCCGUCGAUAUCGCCCGCGGUAUGGCCUUCCUCCACACGUUGGAGCCGAUGGUGCCGCGUUUCUUUCUCAACAGCAAACACGUCGUUGUUGACGAGGACCUGUGCGCGAAACUGAACAUGGCUGAUGCAAAGUUCUCAUUUCAGGAGAAAAAUCGCCUCUAUUACCCGGCGUGGAUUUCCCCCGAAGCCCUGCUAAAACCACAAGAUUCAAUCAAUGUCAAGGCGUCCGAUAUGUGGAGUUUUGCCAUUGUCUUAUGGGAGUUGUGCAGCAGAGAAGUGCCUUUUGCCGAACUCUCACCCAUGCAAAUCGGAAUGAGGGUAAAUUACUGGAAUGUGUUUGGAAAUAUCUCACCGCCGACCAAAAAUCCCAACCCCGUCUGA